UUGGCUGACUUUUUGAUUAUUAUGAAUGCAACUGAACUUGCAAUAUGGUGUCUCACUGCUAUAACAGGACUUUACAUAUGGGCAUCAAUAGUGUAGACUUCGAGCUCCUUCUUGAUAAGCAAAUUGGUAUUGAAGAAUUUGUUAAAACAAGCCUUCAUUCAGUUUUUAUUAGCUUCUGAAUUACUGUGGAAGUCAGGGGCGCAUUUAGUCAUGCAACUCUCGAUCAUCUCAAAAUGGCAAUCAGCAUUGCCUUUGUGCAGCUCCAGCUGGAAGUCCUGGUUCCUCUCUGGAUGGAUUCCCAGCUGUGAAUGAGAAGGGAAGAAAUGCUUAGUGUCCAUUUGUAUAAUAAAUUUAUUAUAAUUCAAUGAAUAUAA